AUGAGCGCCUUCACUUCCCAGCGAUCCCCGUCAACAUUCAAAUCAUCCUCCAACCAACGCAUGCACCCAAACUACCGCAAGCGUUUCCUCGAAGAUCAAAAGUCCCAGGGCGAGAGCAAAGCUAUGGAGAAAUUCCAGUCUCGCGAAUGGAAGGCCGGUGAUAUUUAUGCUCCUCAUGAUCUUAGCCCGGCAGAGAUGAAGAAAUGGUCCAAGCGCAAGGCUCCUUCAUUUGAUGCUUUUGACGCCUUGAACCUGAACCCAUUGGACCUGCACAAGAACUUCGCUAUCAUGUCCGAAUAUGUGUCCCCUCUGGGACGUAUCAAGCACCGCAACCAGACUGGUUUGCGCCCUGUCAACCAGCGGAAGAUUGCAAAGGCCAUUCGAAGGGCCAUGGGACUUGGUCUCUUGCCCUCUGUCCACCGACACCCUGAAAUCCUGGCAUCAGAGGCUAGGUCAAAGAUGAGUUCCUUUUACUAG